AUGGCUCUAAUAACUCAAGUCCAAGAUCUUUUCCCGCACCUGGGGACCGGAUAUAUUGCCAAACUCCUUGACUAUUACGACGACAACGUCGAAACGGUCAUCUCACAUCUUCUCGAGGAUUCUCUAGCUCCUCAGCUCCGAGACCUCAAUCUUUCAGAAGAGCUUCAACAACCCCGUGGAACCCCAGCCUGUCACGACCCCCUAGCACCCAAACCCACACCCCCUCUGUCUCCCUCCUUAUCCCCAUCUCCACCACAACCUCCACCACAAUCCACCAUCCCGCAGCGCAAAAAUAUCUUCGACAACGCAGACCUAACCCGCCACACCACCACGGCCAAAUCCCUCCACUACGGCCGCGCAAGCCAGCACCAAACUGCCGACGACCUCCUCGCCGAAGGGCCCACAAAGGCAAACAAAGCCGCCAUCCUCUCCGCACUCGCCGCCUUUGACUCCGACGACGACGAGCGCGACGACACAUAUGACAUGGCCGACGUGGGCGGCACCGUCGACGCUGUCGUUCCCGGUGCCGACAUCGACGCCGACGCCGAGGCCGCUGCACAUGCACACGCGGACCCCAUCGACCAAACGCUCUACACCCACUACACAGCGACGCCUGCCCUCUUCGCCCGUGACUCUGCCGGAGUUGCCGGCGACGGCGUAUAG